UUCUUAAUCAAGAGCAAAGGGGACAAGUGGUUAAGGUCUUCUUUUUCUGUAUUGCGCUAAAAAUUGGGGGAGAGGCAAACUGGGAGCCAUUGCACUGGUUUCUACUCAUCUUCUUCAUCAAAGAAAUUGGAAGAGAAGACAGGAUGAGAAGACGCUGAAUUAUUGCAGUCAUCUUUUCAUUUGUGAAUAUUCCAAGAAAGUGUCAAAGAGUGUAUGGCUAAGCAUCAUCCAGACUUGAUUAUGUGUCGGAAGCAACCAGGGAUAGCCAUAGGAAGGCUUUGUGAGAAAUGCGAUGGUAAGUGCGUGAUAUGUGAUUCCUAUGUGCGUCCUUGCACCCUUGUGCGGGUAUGUGAUGAGUGCAAUUAUGGAUCGUUCCAAGGACGUUGUGUUAUCUGUGGAGGGGUGGGGAUUUCUGAUGCCUACUAUUGCAAAGAAUGUACUCAGCAGGAAAAAGAUCGGGACGGAUGUCCCAAAAUCGUCAAUUUGGGAAGUGCCAAAACUGAUUUGUUCUAUGAACGAAAGAAAUAUGGAUUCAAGAAAAGAUGAUGCCUUUCAAUAGGAUUUUUGGGCGAGGAUUAGGUCUUGUUAUCGUGUUAGAUCACAUUCUAGUAUAUGUAUAAACACUGAAUUUUGUCAGAUUCAUGUGAUUGAAGUUAUGCUUGUGCUUGUUGAAUUUCAGUUCUGUACUUGAGUGAGAUAUUCUUCCUAAUCUUCAUCGAUCACCAUACUGAAGUCUUAUUUGAAUGGGAGUCUACUUUUUCUCUA